AUGUUUACAGAGGCGGUUAUUGAUAUAGAAUCAUGUUUUCCCCUGAUUAUUCUAUUCUUUUUUUAUUGUUCCUAUGUAUAUGUAUUUCAAUCAAAUCAGGUUUACGUUGAUACCGUUGGCAAAGCUGAACAUUAUGAAGCUAAACUGCAAAAUAUUUUCCCCCAGUUAAAGAUACGUGUUGAAAGCAAAGCUGAUGAUACUUAUCCGAUUGUGAGUGCUGCUAGUAUUUUCGCAAAA